AGAAGUUCUACUUGCGAACAUUCACUUUAGAUGCCUAUGUACUCACGAUUUCGCGCAAAUGUCUACCGCCAUUGCAGACAGUUCGCAUUCACCGGGCGUUAUUUCUGAUCCAUCCUUCGAUUCACUCAAGGAUGUCUACGAUCGGGUGAAAGUACGAUGGGAGUCUGGUGAAUACCCACCGGACAGUUGUCCUCCUCUGGAUAUCCUCAUUUUCUCCAUCCUCCACAUCAUCCAAGGAGGCAUACUCGCUACGCUAAUAGAAGAACUAAUAUUGCUUCUAUGCAGUGUAGAAGAUACGCGACAGCGAACGAUCGCGCACGCACAAGAAUUGCUACACAAAUAUGAAGCAGUUUUUAGCAAAUAUGAGCGGCGAGACCUUUACGCAAUAGUGACAGGAACCACCUUGCGCAGACUGUUUAUCAAUGCGCUCGAUCGACUUGCUGCAAUGGAUAUCCUGGAGCUUUUGCGUUCCUCCAUCUCUGAAGGCACCAAAGGAAGAAAAGAAAUCGCGGAUACAAUUGCGGGACGAUUAUCGCUCUACUUCCCGGAUUAUCUCGGUAUCCAGGACCAACCGUCAAUGACGCAUCCACACGCUAGUGCGUUCUGGCACUACUUCCAUGUCGACCGUUCAUCUUCCGAGAAGCACGAAAUAUCCACGGAGGCAAGGUUAACUUCAGAGCUGGAUGCUCAGCCACAUGAUUUACCUUCACAGAUAUCCUUGACAGAGGCCAUCGAACAGUUUGUACACGGGGUCCGCAGAGAUAUGGAAAUGGUAGAACAUAUGUGGGAUCGUUUAAAUUCGGGUUGACAAUGGACAUUAGGACGUGGAGUAACUUGAAAUUUCAACAGGGUCUGAAUUGCAAAUUUGGAAUAUUAAUAAGGCGGAAUGGCCGAGCGGUCUAAGGC